AUGGGCAACUGUUUCUCAGACCCGUCCAAGGGCGGCCAGCGUCUCGGAUCUGCACCCUCUACAUCGCCAGCCAGCGGGCAGCAUGUGCCCGCGCCGGCGACCAACUCGGCUGGAGGAAAGGGGAGAACACUCUCCGGUUCUGGUCCGCAGUCAGCCGGAGGAGUGCCACCCGGUAACGACCCACGCGCAGCAGCUGCGGCCGCCGCAGAGGCACGCGCACAGGCGGCCAACAACCGUGGCGUGUCGACCACCAGGCCGGGUGCAGGCAAGCUGAGCUCCAAGCUGCAGGAGGAGCGGAAGGGAACCUCGCCGCAGCAACAACAGGGCAAUGAUCGCAUGAUGGACCGGGGCGAGUGGAACUGA